AUGGAGAGCUUCCAGGAGGACGUUCUGGACUUGAGGAAGACCGUCGAAGCGUUCCUCGAUGCCGCCGAGGAGUUGGAGGCUCAGCAGGAAGAUUUGGAGGAGGAGCUGUUGGGCUUUGAUGAGCUGUCGGAUGAGGCGGCUGUCGCCUGUGACAGGGCUUACGAGGCCAUGUUCGCCUACUUGCACGACGAAGAGCGUCUCUGGGCCGUUGGUGAACAGGCCGUGGGAAUCUUCUGGGACACUGGGCAGCUGGAGCCUGCUGGACCUCGCCGAGAUCGCCUGAAGUCUAUGGCAGAGACCUUGACGAGGACCCUGAGCUCCCGGCUGAAGUUGGCAAGAGCCAGCGGCAUCGACAACGAGUGGCUCUUCGAGGCCUUGGGCGAGCUCUGGUUCUUCCAGGAGCUCGGCCUGGCCCUUGAGCCUUGGCUGACGGAGGCCUGCGAAGAGGGGCUGAGGGGCCUCAAGGGCAAAGUCAUGGAGGAGCUCGCCGGCUUCAGCCUGGAAGGCUUGAAGAGCGCCUCCUGCGGAGAGCUCUGUGACACGCUCAUGCAGGUGUGGACCGUCGAGCGGAGCUCCGUUUGUGGCCUUCUGAACACGCCUCCCCUGGAGUACGGCGUCCGCGAGGUGCUGGCGGAAGUUCGGAGGCGGCCUCUCAUCUUGCCCCCGAAGCCGGGCUUUUACCACUGCUUCUACUUGAUGACGCAUGUGGUGUACACUCUGAACUGUUUCAACGGUCACUUGCCAAACCGCCGCAGUGACUGCCCGUGGCUUUACGCCUACCUCGAGUGCUGCCUCGAGUUCUGGAUGACCGUGGCGUCUGCAGAGACCUCUGGGAUGUCGGCCUUGCAGGGGGAGGCGGUGGAUGCCAUUGCUGAAGCAGUCGACUGCUUGCGUGGAUUGAACGAAAGCUGCUCGCAAGCGACGAUCAGGGCGUGCAGGUGGCUUUUGUCUCGGCAACAGGCCGAUGGCUUCUUCGUGUCUCCCAACUCGAGGAGACCUGAGAACGAGUACGACCACCUGCAUCCCACCUGGACAGCAGCGGCUGCCUUGCAGCUUCAGCGCCAGGCGCCGGGUCCCAGUCGGCUUUGUGCGUGCUGGGCGCGACACGCCCGAGAGGCGGCAUCGGAGGUGGGCUUCUCGCAGCCGCCGGCUUGA